CUUCUAUUUCCCUCUCGGUUCUUCUCCUCUACUCAAGCAAGGACUCAGAAAGACUGAAUUUAUUUUAUUUUAUUUUGUUCCUGGUGUUCUCGGUAGACCUAUUUGUUAUGGUGGGUUAGGAGUUUGAUUGAAAAAUCCUCCAUCCCUCUAAGGGUUUCUUCUCGGUAGAUUCAAAAUUUACUUUUGUGGGUUGAGAGUUUUGAUCGAAAAUUCUGUACAUCUCAAGGUUUUUAAGAUUCUUGUUGGUAGAUUUAUUUACUUUUGUGGGUUGGGAGUUUGAUUGAAAAUAUGAAGAUUUGCGACUCGUUACAAGGGUUGGAACCAACGUUAGUAAUGUUGAUGGUGCAAACAAUAUUUGCUGGAGUCAAUAUUGUUUAUAAACUGGCUGCCAACGAUGGAAUGAAGUUGUCCAUUUUGGUGGGCUAUAGAUUCAUGUUUGGCGCUGCUUUUAUGGUUCCGGUUGCACUCUUGGUUGAAAGGAAGAAGAGGCCUAAGUUAACAUGGAUGGUAGUCUUCCAAGCGUUUCUCUGUGGUUUAUUUGGAGGGUCACUCGGGCAAAAUCUCUACUUAAAAAGUAUGGCAUUGACUUCUGCAACUUUUGCUUCAGCCUUGACCAAUCUUAUUCCCGCCAUUACAUUUGUUAUAGCUGUAAUCUUGAGGCUAGAGAAAUUGGGAUUGAGUACACUAGCUGGUGUGGCUAAGGUGAUUGGAACCCUAACCGGCAUAGGUGGAGCGAUGGUCCUCACAUUUUACAAAGGUCUAGAUAUAAACAUUUGGAACACAAACAUAAACCUCCUCGAAACAACUUCCAAACAUCACGCGAUGAGUCCUAUACAAAGUUACCACAGUGGGACCGAUGUUAUAUAUGGUGCACUUCUAUCCUUGGCCAGUUGUGUUUGUUAUUCUCUCUGGUUGAUUAUUCAGGCUAAGGCAGCCCAGCGGUAUCCAUGUCCUUACUCUUUUACUGCAAUGAUGACCCUGUGGGCGUCGAUUCAAGGUACUGGAUUUGCAUUGUGUACAGAGAGAGAUUGGAGCCAGUGGAAGUUAGGAUUGGAUAUUAGACUCCUCACAGUAUUUAUUGCGGGCGUGUUAGGUUCGGGAGUUAUGUUCACAUUAAUUGCGUGGUGUAUACGCAUAAGAGGUCCACUCUUUGUAUCGGUAUUCAACCCCUUGAUGCUUCUCCUGGUGGCUAUUGCUGGAUCUUUAUUCUUGGAAGAGAAACUACACUUGGGAACGAUAAUUGGAGCUGCAUUGAUUGUAAUUGGACUGUACUGUGUACUGUGGGGAAAAGGCAAGGAAAGCAAGAAGGUGGUACAGUUGGUGCCUGAAAAUGACGACCAAUCUGGACAAGUCGAGAUUGAAAUCCCAUCUUCAACGCGAGAUAACCAUAGUCGUGGCAGAAAGGAGGCUGCAGAGAACGAAGAAGAAGAGAAAAGGGAUCCUCGAGGUAGUUCUCGAGUUUUAGGAGGCCUUUACUGGUUGAAGAGGUCUUUACGGUUGGAAAGAACAAGUGUGAAUGAAGAAAUAGUCUUUAUGUAUUAAAUUAUAAGUAGAAAGAAAGAAAUGGCGAAGAAGGAUUAAGCCUAUAACUUUAUGUUUUGAACCAUAUUUGAAAAAUGUGUUCGGGCUCGUGUACUUGUUAGAAUGGUGCAUCAGGUGAGGCCAAUGUAAUUCUUAUUAUUCUGAGCAGAGGACAAGUGAAGUAAUUGUG